AUGACUACAAACAAAAGUCAGCCAAAAAGAAAGGCCGAACAGAUUGAGCUUCCGAGCCGUGGGGAGGAUGCCUCGGAAAGGAAAAGAGUGCUCAACGUGCUAGCUCAGAGGAGGUAUCGUCAACGCAAAAAGGAGCACGUGCAGAAGCUCGAGGCUCAGGUCCAACCUUCGGACAGGACUGAGGGACGUGAUCAGCAGAAGUCAUCCCAGUCCACAGACUUGCCUCCUGGCAAAACAUCGGCGUCACCACUCUCAUCGAGUCCAACUCAUGGCGGGACAUCGCAGUAUGAACCGACGAUGACAACUGAUGUGCCCGCCAUUGUGAGUGAGGAUUUCGAUGAAAGCUCAUUCGAUCCGACUGCUUGUUUCUCUGCAGCCUCACCCGGGCAAUUCCAGAAAGAAUUUCUAAACCAAGGAUCUGUAGGUCAGUCGGAUCUGUUUCAAGACGACCCUUUUGCCAUGUACGAUAUCAAUUCCCUGGCUUUUCCCGUCAACAGCCAGUCCUUCUGGGAUAUGUCCCUGGGAAUGCCGUCGAUAUCAAAUAGCCCUCAGUCCUCUACCACUGCUUCGUCCUCGAAUGGAAGUGCGAGUUGGUCUCUAACGCCCGUUCCAAUAGCAGAUGAGGCCGACAAUGCAACGGUCGAUAAAACGGGGAAGCAAUUAUCUCCCAGACCACAAGCAGACGGUCUACAGUAUUGCUUCCCGGACGAGGCAACCCUCGAAGUACUUGAGCUGACGCUGCUUCGAGGCUGUAUGAUGGUCGCCAGACGGAUAGACGUUCACGAAAUCAUGUGGUCACUGACGGCAUCGUCGCCAUUCACAGACCCCUCGAUGGCGUUCGCACAAUACAAACACUUACCCACCAAUCUGCAACCCAGCAUGGUCCAGUUGACGGUACCACAUCAUCCCAUUCUGGACAUUCUACCUUGGCCGGCAGUGCGAGACAGGAUGAUUAUGAUCCUGGCACAGCCUCCCGAGGCACGACCGCCACAAGCUGCGUCACCUACCGCGUUGCUAGAUUUCGUGUAUGACAUCGAGGACAGUUCAGAAGGUGUCCGGAUAUCAGGCAGCGAUCCAUACUCGGCGAAUAAUUGGGAAGUUGGAGAGAAGGUUUUCAACUCUUGGUGGUGGAUAUUUGAUCGUGAUGUCGUUCGGCGAAGUAAUGAACUGCGAAAGUCUAGGGGUGCUCCUCUGCUUGGGAGUAGUGGCACGCCGGGGAGCAUUUUGGGCGAGCUGGCAUGA